CGCGGCCGUCGUGUCGUCGUGUCGCGCUCUCGUCGCGUUAUCCUUAGGAGGGAGUCAGCCCGCAUCUCCGGUGUGUGCGGCCGUCGCGUCCGGGGCUCUCGUAACGUGUUGGCGCGCGCGCGUGUGGUGGAAAAGAAGUUUCGGGGAAGUUGCCGACGUGGAGAAUUGGAGAAAGUCGUGCGGCAAAAGUGUGCGCGCGAGUGUGUGCGGGAUCGGUCGACGACACCGUUGUUUCGGUCCGCUCGACGGGCCGGUUGUCCGCAGCGGCAUCGCCGCUGCAGUUGUGUGGUUAACGAGACCUGCCCUUGCUAUCCACGAAAGUUAUUAGUUACGAGACGAAACUUUGCAACUCUUGGAAUAAUUUUCUCUCCGCCAAGUUAUGUUGAGAUAAAACUACGAGACAAGCUCCAAAGUGUGCAGGUAAUUCAUGAGAACUGCAGAAGUUUCGGUAAAUUAUUAUUACGCGGUUCGGGAUAUCUUCGAGUGUACAUCAAGACGCGAUCGACGGCCUGCCUCAUCGCGCGGGAGCGACGAACACUCGUGUGUGAUGGUGCGACGUGACACGAAGAAUCUCGACGGAUCGAAAUUAUCCGCGGCGUCCUCGAGCGAAACUCCGGGGAGGGAACUCUGACUCGUCGAGGAAAACGUGAGAUUUCGAUGGCGAGAUAGAAAUAUCUCCAGUCAAUUUGCAUUGGGCAUUGCAAUUACUCCAGAUGGAGGUUUAUCCUACGAAACCCGGAGAAACCGUGGAAAUGCUACCUUAGUGAACCUGUCGCCGAAACUACUCUAGAGACGAUCGAUAAGAACGAGCGGUAACGAGAUAAAUUUAGUCGGUUGAGACUGGUGGAGGAGAAGAGCUUCUGCGAAGAUGGACGCUCUGGAGCUACAAGCCGCCCUGGUGAAGCUGGACCCGGCCACCACGGUGACGCCGAUCGGCACCACCGUAAAACUGAUGCCUCAUCAUCGCGUCGCCUUCACCGUAAAUAUCGACGACGAGGGCGAGAUGACGCUGGAGGACCCGACGCGGAACGACGACGACGAGAAGUCGCUGACCGAGACGGCGACAUCGGUGUCGAGGAAGACGCCAGGUAACUGCGCGGCCGGCCUGACGACGGGCCAUCAGGGUCAUCACCAGGGCGGCGGUCAGCAGAUGGGUGUCUCCAAGUGCGGCAUCGUCGAGGUCAGGUGACGCCAGCCACC